GAAAACACAUCUCUAAAACGCACGUCUCUAAAGCAAAUAAAUCAUCUUUGGCCGUUGAAAUAACACAAGAGAAAAACGUUUGAAGUGCCAAUGUGAAUUUUAAUCAAUCCAAUCCACUAACAAGCUAGAACAACAAAAAAUGUAGAGUACCAGAAGAAGCAAAGUGGAAAUCAAACGAAAAGUAUUAAGCAGUCCAAAAUAAGUUACACAAAACAAAACAAAACAAAAUUCAUGCAACUAUCAAAAUACAUAAUCUCAAACAAAUAUAAAAACAAAAACCAGCAUAGAAUAGAAUUUUAAACAAUUUUUAUACGGCAACUUAACAAUUUUCUAUUAACCGAAACAAUUUUGACAAGCAUACACAAAUCGUAUAAUUAAUUUUCUAACUUUAAAGAAAUAAAUAUUGUAGGCGGUAGAACUCUAGCAUAUAGUAAUUUAUUAACUAAACAAGUACUUACUUACCACCAAGCAUCCACAAUAUAUCACGCCAAAAAGUAGACUAUAGAAAACGCAUUUAGAAAAAUCGAAUUCAACAGAAGCGUCAAGAACAUCUAUUCAACACCGGAAAUUAAAUUCAGUGAAAAUGCCAUCGACAUUGAGAGUAUUUGUGCUAAUGUUCCUCAUCCACCUGAGUGUCGGCCAGGUGCGGAAUGAGGAUCAGCUGCUGAUGGUUGGCCAAAAUGGUGACCUGGACAGCAGCAGCAAUCCUGUGAUGCACCACCAGCAGCAUCAGCAACAUCAACUGCACCAGAGCAGUCACAAUCUGAACAAUGGAAAUAUGAACAGCACCAUAUUGAACACUCUGAUGGGAGGUAGUGGUGCUGGUCAGGUGGUGAACAGCUCACCUGGUGGCGGAUCCAUGAUCAAUCAAUUGGGCGGCAGUACAUCAAGUGCUCCCUCGGUCAUCGGCGGUGGAGUGGCAUCGGUGGGCAGUCCCUGGCAUUCGGGAGUUGGACUCGGUGGCGGUGGAGUUCCUGGCAACGGAAUGGGCUUACCUUCGUCCCACAAUCAUGGCGGAAAUCUGGGCUCACAUCCCCAUGGACACGCACUGGCCGGCCUGGCAAACCUGGGCAUUAUAGUGCCCGGCGGCAAGGGAUUACCUGGAAAUCUUGGAUACGGCGGAACCAUGCUCAGCGGAGGCGGACUAGUCGGAGUCGGAGCUGCAGGCAUGGGAAUGGGACUACCGUCCAGCACCAGCAACAUGGAUAUGCAGCAGGGCCAUUACAACGAACACUUCAUCUCGGAGCACACAGUGAUGGCGGUAUUCACAUCCCAGGGUCAGGUGGGUGGACCCUGCAGGUAUAUGCCCGCCACUCGGCGACAGAAUCAUCAAUGCCGCAAGGAGACAGGAUUACCGGGAACCUUGAGUGAGGCCCGACGCCUGGCCACCAGUCACUGUGAGGAGCAGUUCCGCUACGAUCGCUGGAAUUGCUCGAUUGAGACGCGUGGCAAGCGGAAUAUCUUCAAGAAGCUGUACAAGGAGACGGCCUUUGUGCAUGCACUCACAGCUGCUGCCAUGACACACUCAAUAGCCAGGGCCUGUGCCGAGGGCAGGAUGACCAAAUGCAGUUGUGGCCAGAAACAUAAUCGGGAGGCGCAGGAUUUCCAGUGGGGAGGAUGCAAUGAUAAUCUGAAGCAUGGCAAGAGGGUGACACGAAGUUUUCUGGACUUACGCGGCGGCGAUGGGGACGAGGUCAGCGAGAUAUUGCGACAUGACUCUGAGGUCGGCAUUGAGGCCGUCUCCUCGCUGAUGAUGGACAAGUGCAAAUGCCAUGGCGUCUCUGGCUCCUGUUCGAUGAAAACCUGCUGGAAGAAAAUGGCAGACUUCAAUGCCACGGCCACGCUUUUAAGGAAAAAGUACAAUGAGGCCAUUCGCAAGGCGCCCAAUCAGCGUUCCAUGCGACAGGCCUCAUCGAGUCGCAUGAAAAAGCCAAAGCAGCGACGCAAGAAACCACAACAAUCACAAUAUACGACACUGUACUAUCUGGAGACCUCGCCCUCCUACUGCGGGGUCACCAAGGAUCGCCAAUGCCUGCAUCCGGACAAUUGUGGGACCCUGUGCUGUGGGCGUGGCUACACCACCAAGGAGUUCAAGCAUGUGGAAAAGUGUCGAUGUCGUUUUAACAAUGGAAGAUGCUGUCAGCUGAUCUGCGACUAUUGUCAGCGUUAUGAGGAUAAAUACUUUUGUAAAUAGACGGAGAGACGUCUUUCAUUUCUCUUCCUUCACUUCUCAAAGUCUCUGAAGCUGUCAC